AGGAUUUUUGGCGCCAGUGGCGGACCGAGCAGAUCAUUCCUCUCUUUUACGCGGUUAUAAGUAUAUACAUAUUUAUAAUUAUAUAUAUUUUUUAUCUCCUGCUUUUCACCUGCAACCUCCGCCGAUUGACCAGGAGCAUCUGGAAUAAUUGGGGGAAAAAUCGGAUUGAUUUUACUGUUUUUCUUUUAACUGCCUGGAAAAAGGCGCGCUUUCUUCUCUUUCCUCCCCCCCAUCGUCAUCAUCUCCUUCUCAAGAGAUCAGAGACCAAAAAGAAGCCUCAAGCUGUGGUUCUUGUCCAUUAUCGCCCUCUACUUGAAUCAGUCCCUCAGACAGACUCCCGCCACCAUGUGGAUCCAGGUGCGCACCAUGGACGGGAAGGAGACGCGCCGUGUGGAUUCCCUUUCCAAGCUCACCAAGGUGGAAGAUCUCCGCCAGAGGAUCCACGAAACGUUUGGAGUGGAGCCCGACAGGCAGAGGCUGUUCUACCGGGGCAAACAGAUGGAGGACAGCCAUUCCCUUUUUGAUUACAACGUUGGCUUGAACGACAUUGUCCAGCUGCUGGUGAGGCCAAGCCCUGCCAGCCAGCCUCUGCCGAGCAAAGAAAAGGACUCCGAACUUUCGGACACAGAUUCUGGCUGCGGCUCGGCCCAGAGCGAAUCGGACAAGAGCUCCAACAAUGGGGAAGGGGCAGUGGAGCUGGAGGGGCAGGCCAGUGUCGCCGCUCAAGCCGACCUGGUCGAUCCGGGUUUUGGAUUCUACAAGAUCAACGAGCUGGUGGAUGCUCGUGACACGAGCAUGGGAGCUUGGUUCGAAGCGAUCGUCGUCAACGUGACACAGAAAGGGAAAUCGGCUGAGAAGGCAAGCGAGAGCGAUGAGGAGUCGGAUCUUCAAGAAGCCAUCCUGGAAGAGGACAUUGUUUACCACGUGAAAUACGAAGAUUACCCGGAGAAUGGCGUCAUCCAGCUGACCUCCAAAAACGUGCGUGCUCGUGCGAGGACCACGCUCAAGUGGGAGGAACUGGAAGUGGGAGAUGUUGUCAUGCUGAACUACAACCCCGACGAUCCGAAGGAGAGGGGCUUCUGGUAUGACGCGGAAAUCCUACAGAAGCGGGAGACCAGGACGUGCAAGGAGUUGUAUGCCAAGAUCGUUCUCGGUGACGGUGGAGACAUCUUGACCGACUGCCGGAUCUCUUUGGUGGAUGAGAUCUACAAGAUCGAGGAGCCCGGGUGCGCUGUGCCACUCACCUCUGAAAGCCCCAUGAAGAGGCCGAGCGGGCCGGUGUGCAGGCACUGCAAAGACAACCCGGACAAAACCUGCCGGAUGUGUGCCUGCCACCUCUGUGGUGGGAAGCAAGAUCCUGAGAAGCAACUGAUGUGUGACGAGUGCGACAUGGCUUUCCACAUCUACUGCCUCAGCCCCCCUCUCAGGGCGCUCCCGGACGAUGAGGACUGGUAUUGCCCCGAAUGUCGCAACGACGCGAGUGAGGUCGUUUUGGCUGGGGAGAAGCUGAAAGAGAGUAAAAAGAAGGCAAAGAUGGCAUCUGCCAACUCGUCCUCCCAGCGGGACUGGGGCAAGGGCAUGGCUUGUGUUGGCCGGACCAAGGAAUGUACCAUAGUCCCAUCAAACCAUUACGGGCCGAUCCCUGGGGUUCCCGUUGGAACCAUGUGGAAGUUUAGAGUCCAGGUGAGCGAAUCGGGCGUCCACAGGCCCCACGUGGCGGGGAUUCAUGGCCGAAGCAACGACGGCGCCUACUCUUUGGUCCUGGCAGGAGGCUACGAAGACGAUAUCGACCAUGGAAAUUCUUUCACUUACACGGGAAGCGGAGGCCGGGACCUUUCCGGGAACAAGCGGACAGCUGAGCAGUCUUGUGAUCAAAAACUUACAAACAUGAACAGGGCCCUGGCGCUGAACUGCAGCGCCCCGAUCAAUGAUAAAGAGGGUGCAGAAGCGAAGGACUGGAGAGCCGGCAAGCCUGUCCGGGUGGUGCGCAAUGUGAAGGGUGGAAGACACAGCAAAUACGCUCCCAAGGAUGGGAACCGCUACGAUGGCAUAUAUAAGGUUGUCAAAUAUUGGCCCGAAACGGGGAAAUCUGGUUACUUAGUGUGGCGCUACCUGCUGCGGAGGGACGACGAGGAGCCCGCCCCAUGGACCAGGGAAGGCAAGGAGAGGAUGAAGAAGCUGGGCCUGACCAUGCAGUAUCCUGAAGGGUACCUGGAAGCAGUGGCAAGCAAAGAUAAGGAAGAAAGCAAAAAUGUAGAGGAGGUGGAAACCCCAGGAAAAGGGAAGCGGAAGAGGAAAUCUGGAAAUCAGUCGGACUGUUCCAUUUCUCCUGCCAGCACCCCAAAGAAGGUGAAAGUGGAGGCGUACAAGCUCACCCCUCAGCAGAAGGGUCUUAUUAAAGAGGACGAAGCCAACACGAAGCUCUGGAAUGAAGCCCUGCAGGCCCUUAAGGAUGGACCGAAAUUCCUCAAGAAGGUGGAGGAAACCUUCCUGUGCAUCUGCUGUCAGGAGGUGGUCUUCCAGCCGAUCACGACUGAGUGCCAGCACAACGUCUGCAGGGACUGCUUGGACCGAUCCUUCCGGGCAGAGGUCUAUAGCUGCCCAGCGUGCCGUUACGAUCUCGGCAAAAACUACACCAUGGAAGUGAACAAGCCGCUGCAAGGCGUCCUCAACCAGCUCUUCCCUGGCUAUGGCAAUGGACGGUGAUUCUAAACAAAAGCACUUCUAAUUUCCUGUUUGUUUGUUCUUUUUAAUGAAACAUGUUUUUGUAUGUGUCCCUUCAAAAAGAAAAACUUUAUGGGGAUUCGGUGGGGGCCUUAUUUAAUUGCAUAGCCUUUCAGAAAGCUUAUGUCCUGUUGUUCCCCCUCGUCCCGGAAAACGAUGGAAGUUUUGUGAUGCUUAUGUAUUUUAUGCGGUAGCGCUUGGGUUUUUUAUUAUUAUUAUUAUUAAGUGACUUAAAUUUGAGAAGGGCAUGAGUUGUUAGGCCAAACCGCUUGUUUUAAAUGCCGCUACCAAAUUUCAGUUCUCAGUAGGGUAUUUUUGCGAAAAGAGUGAGAGAAAGAAGGGGGGAAGGGAACCUAAUUACAUGCCUUGCUUGCUAGAACAAUCUUUUGAGACCAACGGAUUCCAGCCACAUGUUCCAUGUGAUGAUAUGUUAUUGUUUUUUCUGGUGGCAGCUGAGCAUGAGGUUCUCAGCUUGGGAUCUCUGCCCUUCAGAUCAACUGAGAAGCCUCUGUUCCUUCCAGUGGUAUAUCACUGUUGACAAAAGCCUCUUACCCGUUAUUGUCUUCAGGGCCUCUCUCUGUACACAGCUACUACCUCAGUCCCUGCAAUAUACCAGCCACCUGCUUUCUCCUCAUCUUAGUGCCAUAAGGGAGAACCUAUAAAAGCCAUUCAGAAGUGCCUUCUCUGUUCCGUUUUUUCUUCUUCCUUCCUUCCUUCCUUAAACAAAACCAGCUGCAUGAAAGACUGUGUUUGGAACCAUUUGGGGGAGAAAAAGCACUGAUUUUUUUAAAACCACCAUUUAAGAUUUUGGUCGAGAACUUGUCCGUUGUUAACACUGCUGCUCUAGGUAGAUCCUGCUCCAGCUGCUUGUGUUUUCUGCUAAUUCUGAAUCUUCCUCCUUAGUAUCCUUAGAAAGGAAAAGUAGACUUGUAACUUUUCAAUGGGAAGACUGGUGGUAUGUUCCUGGUUUGCUCGGUUCUUGCCUCAUCAGCACCAAAAUGAUACAGUUCAGUACCUCAGGGUUAAAACAGGGUUGAUGCUAAAUCACUCCUCACCUCCUACAGACUGGAACAAAUGUGAUGAUGAUGAUGAUUUUUUUUAAGCCUCUUAUUAUAAAUGGAUAAUACUUUUUAGGGAAAACAGGUCUUUUUUGUCUUCAUGAAUUACGCCAGUUUUGUACAAAUGUUCAUUUAGUUAUCAAAAUAAAAUGCCUUUUUCAUAUCAAAGAGA